GCUGCCUUCGAUACUGUGAACCAUCAGAUCCUCCUCUCCACCCUCUCCGAGUUGGGCAUCUCCGGCGCGGCCCACGCUUGGAUUGCGUCCUACCUGACAGGUCGCUCCUACCAGGUGGCGAAUCGCAUCUCUGCAUGUCUGGCAGACAUAUCAGUGUGGAUGACGGAUCACCACCUCAAGCUGAACCUCGGCAAGACGGAGCUGCUCUUCCUCCCGGGGAAGGACUGCCCGUUCCAUGAUCUCGCCAUCACGGUUGACAACUCCAUUGUGUCCUCCUCCCAGAGCGCUAAGAACCUUGGCGUGAUCCUGGACAACACCCUGUUGUUCUCAACUAACAUCAAGGCGGUGGCCCGUUCCUGUAGGUUCAUGCUCUACAACAUCCGCAGGGUACGACCCUGCCUCACACAGGAAGCGGCGCAGGUCCUAAUCCAGGCACUUGUCAUCUCCCGUCUGGAUUACUGCAACUCGCUGUUGGCUGGGCUCCCUGCCUGUGCCAUUAAACCCCUACAACUCAUCCAGAACGCCGCAGCCCGUCUGGUGUUCAACCUUCCCAAGUUCUCUCACGUCACCCCGCUCCUCCGCUCUCUCCACUGGCUUCCAGUUGAAGCUCGCAUCCGCUACAAGACCAUGGUGCUUGCCUACGGAGCUGUGAGGGGAACGGCACCUCAGUACCUCCAGGCUCUGAUCAGGCCCUACACCCAAACAAGGGCACUGCGUUCAUCCACCUCCGGCCUGCUCGCCUCCCUACCACUGAGGAAGUACAGUUCCCGCUCAGCCCAGUCAAAACUGUUCGCUGCUCUGGCCCCCCAAUGGUGGAACAAACUCCCUCACGACGCCAGGACAGCGGAGUCAAUCACCACCUUCCGGAGACACCUGAAACCCCACCUCUUUAAGGAAUACCUAGGAUAGGAUAAAGUAAUCC